AUGGCCAGACACCUGCCAACAUGGCCAGACACCUGCCAACCUAGCCAGGCACCUGCCAACAUAGCCAGACACCUGCCAACAUGGCCAGACACCUGCCAACAUGGCCAGACACCUGCCAACAUGGCCAGAUACCUGCCAACAUGGCCAGACACCUGCCAACAUGGCCAGACACCUGCCAACAUGGCCAGACACCUGCCAACAUGGCCAGACACCUGCCAACAUGGCCAGACACCUGCCAACAUGGCCAGACACCUGCCAACAUGGUCAGACACCUGCCAACAUGGCCAGACACCUGCCAACAUGGCCACUCUACGCCACCCUUCACUAUCGGCCAUAGACCUGGCCUGGCCACCCUCACUAUCACCACCACCAUAA